AUGGCGACAAGCUCGUUCUACACCAUUAUCGCUGGAGUCGGCCCUGGCACAGGUCGAGCCGCUGCUCUCCGGUUCUCGAAGACGUAUCCCGUAGUCAUGUUGGCUCGCCGACCAGAGAGCUACGAGGAUACCGUGCGGGAUAUUCAGCAGGCGGGAGGCCAGGCGCUUGGCAUAGUGGCCGACGUGGCAGACGCCGUGUCACUGAGCCGGGCCUUUGAUACCGUGGGGGAAGCGUUGCCGAACUUGAAGCUUGCGGCGGCCGUAUACAACGUCAAUAGCGGUUUCAUGAUGAAGCCUUUCCUGGAACUGCAACUAGACGAGUUCCAAAACAGCUUUGGCAAAACAGGGGACGCAUUCUUCAACUUUGCACAAAAGACACUGCCUCUGCUGCGUGAGGCCGUCAAGGAUUCACCACACCCACCUACAUUGAUCACCACAGGCGCCACGGCAUCCGUCAAAGCCUCGGCUGGUUUUUCCGCCUUUGCCGCUGGCAGGUUUGCCAUGCGUGCGCUGAAUCAGUCUCUGGCCCGCGAAUUUGGUCCUCAAGGAGUUCAUGUUGCACACGUCGUCAUUGACGGACUUAUCGACACCCCAGCCUCCAAGGCGUGGGGCAAGACUGGUGUACCGGACAGCAAGAUACAACCAGAUGCGAUUGCCGAGGCGUAUUGGCACUUACACACACAGCCGCGAUCUGCAUUCACGCAGGAGAUGGAUAUCAGGCCAUUCUCUGAGAGUUUCUGA